CACGAGCAAACAAAAGAGUAAUCUCAAGAGAAUUUACAUUUCAGACCAUUGUUUACACUACACAGAUCAAUAAACAGUUCUAAAGUGAUAUUAAUUUUAAUUUAUAUAUAAACAUUACGAAAUAUAAACAGURCUACUAAGUUCGUAAAUAAUUUGUGAUAAACGAGAACAGGUGCGGUGAGCAGAAUCAGCAAUAAACCUUAUGCCAGCGUCGAAGGCAAAUAGACGCCUUGGUUACAGCAUUUAUAAUUUGUGAUAUAUAAACAAGUUUUCCAAUAUACUGAUGUAUAUAGUGUCUAAUUGUUGCAACUAAUUGUGUACUGUUGCAUUUUAUUGAAUGUUUUGAGCAUUCCAAAGACUAAGAAGUUAUUUAUAAACCUUCUGUUUGCAAACAAAAUGUAUAUGCAGAACACAUCAUGAAAACCAUACCACCUUUUAUUGAUAUGUUGAAUUAAGUGUGUAAAAUAUGGAUUUAAAUGAAAAAGUGGAACAACUUACCAAUGAAACAGCAGAACUGCGGAAUGAAGUUACACAACUCAAAGAAUCGUUGACAAAGCAAAAUCAAACCAUAAUUAGGCUCAUCAAAGAACAAUGUCAUCUUCUGAGAAAAUAUGAGGAGAAAAAGCAGGAUAGAAACUUUUGUACGCAGAAAGCGAAACAAUUUCUGAACAUAUUUCCGAUAAAUUCACAAGACGAUUUGGAAAAGGCUGAAGAAAGCAUAAAUGACGAAAAUAAAGGAGAAUGUAUUGCACUUGCCAGAGCACUAUUAAUGCCCGGAAGUUUUAAAAAGAAUUUGAAUAAGAUAUUGGGUUGUGAUGUCAUUCUGGACUACAACGUUGAUGGUAGACACAACAAAAAACGCAUACAAGAUUAUCCGAAAAUCUUGGAUGUGCUCUUUCAAGCCACAACAAGAGAGGGAUGGAAUUACAAGUACUUUCUGGACGACCUUAGGAAUGGUUUUAAGUGCGCCAAAAAUAAACAUUUCAAAUUUAAUUGGGCUCAACGUAGAAAAUAUUCUGAACAGCCAUCAAUUAAAAUCGAAGAAGUUUUAAUACCAUUUGAUAAUGAAUAAAAAGUGCUGCUUGAAUAAAA